AUGGACGCCACUCUUGCCAACAUCAACGCUUCUGCGGCUACCCGCAACUACAGCAUCCAGCCCCGCCUUGACUACCAGACCGUCGUUGGUGUCAACAACCCCCUGGUCAUUCUUGACAAUGUCAAGUUCCCCAAGUUCUCCGAGAUUGUCACCCUGACCCUCCCGGAUGGCACCCGCCGUUCCGGUCAGGUUCUCGAGAUUCAGGGCAAGCGCGCCAUCGUCCAGGUGUUCGAGGGUGUGACCGGCAUUGAUGCCAAGCGCACUCGUGUCGAGUUCUCCGGCGAUACCCUGCGCAUUCCCGUCUCCGAGGAUAUGCUUGGUCGCAUCUUCAACGGCUCCGGCAAGCCCAUCGACAAGGGCCCCCGUGUCCUGGCCGAGGACUACCUCGAUAUCCAGGGUCAGCCCAUCAACCCCUCCUCUCGUAUCUACCCGGAGGAGAUGAUCCAGACUGGUAUCUCCACCAUUGAUGCCAUGAACUCGAUUGCCCGUGGCCAGAAGAUCCCCAUUUUCUCGGCCGCCGGUCUGCCGCACAACGAGAUUGCUGCCCAGAUCUGCCGUCAGGCCGGUCUGGUCGCCCACGACGACGGCGAGGUUGCCACCGACUCCUUCGCCAUUGUCUUCGCCGCUAUGGGUGUCAACAUGGAGACUGCCCGCUUCUUCAAGCAGGACUUCGAGGAGAACGGCUCCAUGGAGCGCACCACCCUCUUCCUGAACCUGGCCAACGACCCGACCAUCGAGCGUAUCAUUACCCCUCGUCUGGCCCUGACCACCGCCGAGUUCUUCGCCUACCAGCUCCAGAAGCACGUCCUGGUCAUUCUCACCGACAUGUCCUCUUACGCUGAUGCCCUGCGUGAGGUGUCUGCCGCCCGUGAGGAGGUCCCGGGUCGCCGUGGUUACCCCGGUUACAUGUACACUGAUCUGUCCACCAUCUACGAGCGUGCCGGCCGUGUCGACGGCCGUGAGGGUUCCAUCACCCAGAUCCCCAUUCUUACUAUGCCCAACGAUGAUAUCACCCACCCCAUCCCCGAUCUUACCGGUUACAUUACCGAGGGCCAGAUCUACAUCGAUCGCCAGCUCCACAACCGCCAGAUCUACCCCCCCAUCAACGUCCUGCCGUCCCUGUCCCGUCUGAUGAAGUCCGCCAUUGGUGAGGGCAUGACUCGUGACGACCACGGUGAUGUGUCCAACCAGCUGUACGCCACCUAUGCUCAGGGUAUGGAUGUUGCCGGCAUGAAGGCCGCUGAGGACAAGCUUUACCUCGAGUUCCUUGACCGCUACGAGAACACCUUCGUCCGCCAGGACUCCUACGAGGCUCGCUCCAUUCGCGAGUCCCUGGAGAUCGGCUGGAGCCUCAUGCGCACCUUCCCCCAGGAGAUGCUCAAGCGUAUCUCCCCGAAGAUCAUCGCCAAGUACUACCAGCGCAGCAUCCAGGCCGAGAUGUAA